AUGGAUGAAUCAGAUGAAAAUAAUAGAGGUAGAUGGAAUAAUAACGAAGUCGAUAAAUGUUUCCUCGAAUCGUGUAUCCAAGAAGUUGCUUUAAAUGGUAGAGAAGGGGGAAGUCUUAAGGCGGAAUCUUGGACCAAGGUUAUGAAAGCUCUCAAGAAUAAUUAUAAUUUUGUGGUUUCUCAAAGACAAAUGAAGAAUAGAUACGAUUACUUGAAACAAAAGUAUCAAGCUUGGUUGCCUUUAACUACGAAAACAUGCAAUGUUUACAAUCAUGCGACCAACACCAUCAACAUGACAAAGGAUGAAGCACUAUUUGAUGGAACCACUGCUACAGGGGUUCAUUCUUGGGGACCUAGUUCCCAAGAUCCAAAUCCUAGUACUAGCUCAUUUUCUUCAACUGUUCAAAAUGCGGAACAAAAUAACAUAGAAGAUAUUUUGUGUGGUGAUGAAGAUCAAUAUUUUGUCCAUACUACAGAGACUCAGUCUAACGAUUCCAACCGUCAAUCUCAAGGAGAAAAAUCUAAAAAGAAAAAGAAAAAGAUUCAACAUUCGUCUAGUGAUAAUAAUUUAGUAGAAGAGAUGUCAGCAGCUUUGAAGUUUAUGAUAAAAAAUAAUAGUGGGCCUUCAGUUACAGAUUGCAUUGCUAAAUUGGAUGAACUUGGAUGGGAUAAAGAAGACAUCUUAUAUGUUUCAGCUGUUGUCAAAUAUGCAAAUAUACGAGAUUAUGAUAUUGAUGAUGAUUUAUUGGGAGCAGUUGGUGCACUUGAUGGAACACUCGUACACGCCAUUGUCCCAAUUUCAAAACAAAAUAUGUACAGGGGCUGGGAAGGGGUAACACAUGAUUCAAGAGUUUUAACAGAAACAAUUGCUGAUCCGAGAAACGGUUUUCCAUGGCCUCCCGCUGGAGACUAUCGUCGUAGGCGUGCUUUGACCAAAGAAGAAAAAUUUAACCAUGCUCAUGCUCAACUAAGGAACGUCAUUGAACGAACUUAUGGAGUUCUGAAAAAUAGAUUUCCAAUUUUAGAAACGAUGGCCCCUUUUUCAUUUGACGUGCAGAGAAAUAUAGUGAUUGCUUGUUUUGCGGUGCAUAAUUUUAUAAGAAAAGAGCGUAUUAGUGAUAGAUUUUUUGAGGAGCUUUAUCAACCCAAUGUGCCUUUUGAUGGUGCGAAUGAGGAUGGAAAAGAUCAUGAGAAUGAUGGUACAACAACCGGACCAUGGUGGGGGGAGGAAGACAUGCAGUAUAUGGCAAAUGUCCGUGAUGAGAUAGCAACUCGGUUGAUGCAUUGA